AGACUUUUCGCAAAAACACCCAUCGACUCGCGCACGCCAUUGCUCGUAACUCCUCCUAGUCCAAGCUCCCCACGACUGCCCCCCCCCCCCCGCGACCGGAGAGGGAGAGGCAGAGAGACGCCCGGCUCCAGAUCGGCCGGCGCGGAUGGCGGCGUCGAUCUUUACGGCGCUUCUGCUGGCGGUGGCGGCGGUGUUGCUGCUGCCGGGGGCGGAGGCGCUGUGGCUCGACCUGCCGCCGUCGGGGACCAAGUGCGUCUCCGAGGAGAUCCAGCCCAACGUCGUGGUGCUCGCGGACUACGCGCUCAUGUACGACUCCCACCUCACCGCGCAUCCCACCGUCGCCGUCAAGGUUACCUCGCCAUAUGGCAAUACAGUACAUCACAAUGAAAAUGCCACAACCGGUCAGUUUGCAUUCACUACCUCAGAAGCUGGAAACUACCUUGCAUGCUUCUGGAUAGAUAGUGUGGAGAAAGGAUCAGGAACAUCUCUAAAUCUUGAUUGGAAGAUAGGGAUUGCAGCGAAGGACUGGGAUACCAUUGCCAAAAAGGAGAAAAUUGAGGGUGUUGAACUAGAGCUUAGGAAACUUGAAUCUGCCGUUGAAUCCAUCCAUCAUAACUUGCUGUACCUCAAAGCAAGGGAAGCGGAGAUGCGGGCAGUGAGCGAGAAAACAAAUGCUAGGGUUGCCUGGUUCAGCAUCUUGUCACUGGGAGUCUGCAUUGUGGUCUCGGUCUUGCAGUUGUGGCAUCUUCAAGGGUUCUUCCGGAAGAAGAAGCUCAUAUAAAUUCACCUGCUUGAUAUGUACACACCGGUGUUAACUACCCUAGGAGAGAGACAGUUUUGUUGUGUUUAUUUUGAAUGAAAAACUUAAAUGAUGGACAAUACAGCUGGUUGAUACAUGAAACAUGGUUUCGAUAGCUAGCAUCUAAUACUACGUGCAACAAUUGCAUCCUUGCAUUUUGAUUUCCUUGUAAUCGCUGGUGGCAAACAAUCAAAUAUGCUUGUUGAAGAUUUAUCUGGCAUAGAUGAAACAUAGAUUGUCAAACUCUAUCCUUGUCUCAGUUUUAUUGUGAGAUGAUAAAGCAUGUCGAUAUUGGGUACCA